CGUCGGUCUCUGGCUGGCCUUCUGGCCUUCGUCCCCGUUGGAACUAGGUAAGCAACCCAGUGUUGCUCGUCCUCGAUGCCGCCUUUGAACCAACGGGGAAAGAAGCUCACGGAGUGCACCAAACUAGAACGAUCGAGCGAACAAGCGAAGGAGGAAGUCUUCAAGGAAGUCAAAGUCUGUCAUUGGCUUGGAGAGAUUAUUCAGUUGCUGCUACAAAGACCAAGGACGUGCAUUGGCAAAUAUCGGCUCUUGGCUGAAAUGAAAGGGUGUUUUGAAGCCAAAGCCACAACCAGAACAGAAGAAUUAAGUCGAAACAUCGGUUGACUCAUCAGCCUUCAUAGGCCCAUCUUCUCAGAAGACACCUUUCUCUUCCUCAACAGAACACAAUUUGGCGUCCAGGUGGUUCCAUUGGGUCCUUGUCCCACGCACAAAGCGAAAGAAGGUCCGCAAUGAAGCCCUUGUUGAAUGACCAAUGGGCUGCAGAGUUAUGUCCCAAUGGGACGACACCACUGGGAUUAGGCGUCAGAUGUCCACCAAAAAACAGCGAGAACAUCCCAACCGUUACGUCGAGAUCAGAGCGGAUUGACAUCGUUGCGCACGAAUUAACACACACAUCGCCAAUCGUCCAAGCUAUUUGAGCAACUUCCUUGGACCUUCAUAGGCAGACAUGACAACUGACUGAUUCCCAUCGAUGAAUUUGUAGUGGUAUCAAGCAAGACACAAGGAGAGCUUUUGAAAGUGGAUUUCAACCAUUGUGUCUUCUUUCUGGCUUACCUAUUGUCUAUUGUCUUAGGACGCCAACCCCUUUGAUUUUGAAUGAGCAAACGGAUCAAACAACUCAACGGAUGAACUCCCACACUCCUUGGCGCAGGCCCAUGUCUAAAUAUGGAUGGAGGCACUCCGAGUCCGCAUCGCCAGCAGGACCAUCCUCAAUCAUCUUUCAUCUCACCUGUGGAGCCAAAAACCAAUGUGUGCAAUUCGACGACCCAAUCGCUAGAUUCCACCUCUCCCCAUCAGAACGUUAGUCGCGAGUCUUCGGGGCCUAAAUCAGAUUGCCGAGGUAGUUCCACCAGUCCAAGCGGUGACGCACAAUUGAGGGACCCAAUCUCGGAAAGCUAUCGCUCCAUUGUUGAGGUGAUCAAUCGAACUUCCAACGGCUUCAAAGAAGGCAAGAAAUGGAAGUGUGUGGGCUCUAGCUCCAAUCACAUCAAUCACCACCAACAUUACCACAGAAGAAAGGUCAUGAUGACCCACAGCAGAACGACAGAUGGUGGCCAAUUUGGUCGAGACUCUCUGUCCAUGAACUCAUCACGGGAGGAUCCCGUGUCCAAACCAGGAUUAGGGAGGGCCAAGGCAAAACGAUUAGUUCGACAAAAGGCCACCAACCUGGAUGACUCGGAGGAAAACUUGUUGCAAAAACAGUGCUCAGUUGACGUGGUCGAAGAACGCCCAAGGACAAACUUCUUGCGUGUCCACAGGGAAGGGAUUGCCAGGCAAUGGACUGUUGACACUUGCACCGGACUAAAGACUCCCAUGCAAGAAAAUCUUGCCACGAGCCCAUUGGGCAUGGUUGGAGGAAGUGGAGGGGGCGGGACGGCUUACCUGCUUCGACCAGUAUCUAGGAAUUCGUUGAUGUCCGCUUCAGGGCUAACAUCGGGCGAUCCGGAUGGCUCAGCUUCAUCGACUCAGCUCCAAGUCCGAAGACUUUCCCCUGGGGAUCGACCCAGGUCUCCGGCAGCUCGAAGUCCCAUGAGGGAGAAGAUUAAGAUUUGCUCCAAUAACUCCAGUUUCAAUCAUUCAAUGGAUGCCAGCAUCUCGUCCCAAGGUGCGGUCUCUGGAGGGGGAGGGAGCCGUAAGAGCAAGACUUACGAGAAAACACUCACCCCUGGGAUGCUUCCGCAACAAAGACGACUCCUGAGAAAACAAAGGACCACGGAAUCGGCUCCCAUGUCCAAGAGCCAACCCUUCGGCGGCUCAAACCGCUACCUUCCACGACAACACUCCAAUGCUUCAGCCUACUCGGCCGUCAUUCCCACGAGUUACUCGCACCAAGGAAUCACUUUGGUUCGAGGCACUUCCUGUUCGCUCGUGGAUAUCCCCACCUACUUGGGUCCCUCCGUUUCAGGAGGAGUGGAGCUCGCUCAAUUAUGUGAUGUCACCUCGGCCAUCUGCAAGACCGUGCCCAUGGCUUCCCCCGCUGCAGUGGCAGCUGCUGUAGAACAGCGCAAACCCAACCGACCGAGGCUUCAGUUGGACUUGACCCGAAAGAAGAAUGCCAAAUCCCAACGAAAGAGCCUCUCUCGAACUGUCCUGUGUGUGUCCAUAACGAUGUUAACUCUGUCUGUGACCUUAGUGGGGACCAUGCUCAGUGUGGGUAGUCAGUACCAGGACAAUGUGAUGGCCAAACAAUGGGCCUCCUUGAGCAGGAAUCAAUCCAGAGGGGUCUUCGACGCCUUCACUACUGAGGAACCCUUUGUGAUCGUUCCCAAUGACAUGGUACCCUUAAACGGAGUAGACUUCAAUGGAACGUCGGACACCAAUUCAACGCGUGACGGCCAAUAUAGUCCAGAUUACACCGAGGAAGAACAGAACGAGAUUGUUCCGAUCAUUUUCCCUGCGGAUCUUGAAAACUCAGCUGAUCUCUUAGAUAUUGUUUCACAAGAGCAAAAAGCUGCCAUUCUCCACGACCUGGACGAGGACGAUAUUGAUGACUUGGCUAUUCCUUGAGAGGAACAUUAAUUCUUAAUGGUUUAUCACUUUGCACAAUAAAAGUACCAGCAUUCAUGUCAGAAAUGAGCUCUACCACUAACCAGGAACCAACCCUAUAAAGUAUACGCCUAUGAUUGACUCGCGAGUUAAUCUUCAAGCCUUGUCUAGAGAUGCAUUCCAACCCAUGAUCCAAUUUUCGUGUCCAAUGAGACGCUGAGCAAGCCAUGUGCACGUAGAGAGCUCUAGUAAGGUGUUCUUGUAGGUACCAAAUCCCAAACGUAGACUCAACACCUAACAAGUCUCACCACGUGUUCUGGUCGUAAUUACGAUUUACCUUGCUCCCAAUUUCAAAGCAGGCAGUUCAGAUACAACGAAGUCGGAUAAUGCUACCAAAUGAAGCUCAAGUUAUGUUUGCAGGGCGAACCGUAAUUCUUUCUUCAACACUGCAGGCUAAAAUGGUGUUAAUAAAUCAAACACGCCAGAACAAAAGCAGGAGGCCCCAGAGAAUUGGCCAUUAGAGGAACUUUACACAUUGCCUAAUUUAGGCAACACAUGCAACAAAGUUUCCACAAACAUUGGUGGUCGACUAUUGCGUCUAAUCUUCAGGAAGUCCUGGGAAUCGCUAUUUCCGUCCGUCCCGCCUAUGCGUUGUGAGUCUUGAAAGUACUGUUUGAUUUAAUUCUAUGAACACUAAUGGGUCCAUGAAGCUUCCCUUCAACCAAACGAAAGUCACAUCUCUGGUGAGAUUGAAUACAAAAUACGUUACAAAGAGACGGAAAAGCCUCGUGUGAACUUGUCAAACAAAUUCCGGAUACGCAAUUCAUUUUCGUAAAAUAUGUUCACAACCAAGACCACAAGGUUAGUUUGCGUGUAAUCCUAAAUCUGUAGUAACUUUCGGAUUCGAACCCGAACAAUGACUUCAAAUUUAAGGUAAUUUAGGAGUACCGACCUUCAAACGACCAAUUUUCUCUGUGAACGCCUGCAGGGGAUUUUUCUUGAAAUCGAUU